CGGAGCCGCAGCCGCAGCCGCAGCCGGAGCCCAGCGCCCGGGCCGGGGUCCCCGCGCGUCCCCGCUCCGGGCUCCGGGCAUGGGACCAUGCUGCCCGCCGCCAAGAGCUCCUUCAAGGUCCGGCAGCAGGAGCCGGGCGCGGGGCCCAGAGGUCCAAAGUUCUCCAACGCCAAGAGGAACAGGCCCUGCCAGGCUUUCCCCGGGAUCCCAGGCGAGUUCGUGCUGGAAGCAGCACCCGGCGUGCGGAGGAGCCUCGGUGCCAGCCUGAGGUUUGACUCCAUCCCGGGUACUCUGUUCUGCACCAACCGGAGGGUUGCUUUUGUGCCGGACGUGCCCCCCGGGGCCAAGGCACAUCCACGCUGCUCCUUCCUGCACAGCGAAUACGACGUGGCCCUACCUUGCAUCGGGAAGCUCGUAGCAGCCAGCAGCGUGUCCAAGGCCAAGGUGCUGACAGCCAGCUCCAGCCUCAAGUUCAUGCCCGAGGAGCUGGUCCUGUACUGCAGGGAUUUCCGCGUGCUGCAUUUCCGCUUCCCCGAGAGUGGGCUGGAGCCGGGCGCCUUCCGGGUGACAAUGGCCAUCGCUCGGGCCCAGGAGAGUGACAGGGAUGUGGCAGCCUGGUCCGACUCCACCCAGCUGAGGAACCUGGAGAACGCCCAGCGGAGCCCCGAGGAGGAGGGGGAGGAAGAUCCGGCGCCCACGCUGCUCUUCAAGAGCCUCCAGGACUGGGAGCAGGAGCUGCGGCGCCUGGGGCCCGCAGGCUGGCGGGUCAGUGUGGCCAAUGAGCGCUUCGACAUGGCCACCAGCCUCCCCCGGUACCUCUGGGUGCCUGGCCAGCUGCUGGACAACGAACUCAAACGAGCCUUUGCCCACUUCAACCAGCGACGCAUCCCAAGGCUCUGCUGGCGGCACCCUGGGGGCAGUGACCUGCUGCGUGCUGCGAGCUUCCAUGCUGCCUCGGACCCUGAGAAGGAGGACACAAGGGCAGUGGAGGCACUGCUGCUGGCUGGGCAUGCGCGAUGCGUGGUCGUGGACACAGUGGCCGACUUGCCCAGCUCCACCGAGAUCCAGUUGGCCCAUGUGCGGCUCCGCACCCUCUGCUCGCCCGACCCCGCCGUGGCUGAUGAGAAGUGGCUGUCUGCGCUGGAGGGGACCCACUGGUUGGACCACGUCAGGGCCUGCGUGAGGAAGGCUAGCGAUGUGGCUGUGCUGCUGGCAGAGAGGCGCUGCUCUGUUGUGCUACAAGAGUCGGACGACCGAGACCUCAACUGCCUGGUGGCCUCGCUGGUGCAGCUGCUGGCCGACCCCCACGCUCGCACCCAGCUGGGCUUCCAGAACCUGGUGCAGCGGGAGUGGGUGGCAGCCGGACAUCCCUUUGCCCAGCGCCUCAACCUCUGCCGGGAUGGCGACCGAGGCGAGGCUCCAGUGUUUCAGCUCUUCCUGGACUGCGCCUGGCAGCUGCUGCGGCAGUUCCCAGCUGCCUUUGCCUUCACCGAGGCCUAUCUCCUGGCCCUGCACGACAGCAGCUACGUGCCUUUCUUCAGCACCUUCCUCUUCAGCUGUCAGUGGGAGCGGAGCCGUGGGGGCCAGCACCGGGCCUCCAGCCAGCUGUACACACCCGUCAAUGGCUGGCGGGACGCCGCCAACCUGGAGAUCCUGCCGCAGGCCCCAGUGGGAGGGGGUGCUUGCCUUCCCCCUGUCUGGGCCUGGGCGCUGCACUACAGUGCCCAGCAGCGGGCGCAGUUCCAGAACCCCAUCUACACUAGGGCCAGUGAUGGGCACAUGGCCCCGCCGGGCUGCAGCAAGCUGAAAGCCACCCUGUCUGAGACUGGGGCUGUGUUCCUCCUGGCCCGGGGGGGCUUGGCCCCGCAACCCCACCUCUUCCCCUGGAAGAACGGCUCACUCGUCAAGAAGGGCCCGUGGCGGGUGCCAUCCUCGGACAGCCUCAACGACCAGUGGGGCUGGCCCAGCAGCUGCCCUGCCUUGCCUGGAGCGGUCCUGGUGCCUGCCUGCACGGGGUCGGCGAUCCAGCUCUGGAGACGAUGCUACCUCCGUGGGAGCCCCGAGCGGCAGCGCGGCCUCUUCCCUGCAAUGCUCACCGACCUCACCGAGGAGCUGGAGUUGCUUCAAGAGUGUCUGAACGAUGGGCACUGGAGGGCCACGUCUCCCCCCAGCCCUGCGGAGUCGGAGGAGGCAGGAAGCCCCCUUUCCCCGUCCCGCUGAUGGUGACCACUGCUGGGAGAGGAUGUUAGGCAGCGGCUGGACUCACAUGACCGACUUCCCCGGCGUUCAGACCUGUCCACCUGCAUGUUGGCAAAGAAGCCAGUGCCCACAGGCUGUUGUGUGCAGCUCAUCUUGGAGACGGGCACCCGGAUACUGCUGGAUUUUCGGUCCCAGGCCUGGAACUUUGCCCAGCCCUUGGCAUCUACUGAGGGGUCGCAGAUAUGUUGCCCAGUUGUCCUGGUGACUGGGCAUCUCCCAGCAACAUGGCAGAGGGGACCCGCAUCUCCAGAACGAGCCCUAGAGAUGGAGCUCUCCCCUUGGUCCCAGAUCCACGGUCAUCCUGGCUCUGGGGACUGUGGAGGAGCCCUGCCCUGCUGCUAGUUAGCUGUCCCUUCCCUGCGGAUCGUGGGUGGGUCUGCAGCACCUUCCACCCACCUAGCCAGGCUGCUUCUGCUGGGUUUUCCCAGUUGGACCCCUCAAAGCAGGCAGUAGUGAGGAAUCUUUGGGGUGGGAGGACUGGAAGACCCCUGUCUCCCCUGCCCUAGAGGCUCGGAUGCAUUGUAAGCUGCUGUGUACAAGGGAGUAGGUUGGGGAGAGGGGGCGUGGUAUUUGCUGUAAUCCUGCUACCUCCAGAAGCACUUUUGAAGUCCCUGAGGAGUUUUACUGUAAUGCGCAAAAAAGCGUCCGGAAACCCUGCUCGUGCAAACAGACACACAGUUGCACCACAUGGAAAGGCAAAAAAUGUGGCGUGUACAUGCACUCCCCCAAGUCCAGGUUGCGGCUGCUGCUUUCUUGCAGAGGGACAGCAGCCGGAUCUGGGAUUGUGAGACCAUCUCUUGCAGACUCUCUUCCUUGAGCUCUAGGUCCCAUUGCAUCAGCUGCACAUCAGGCUGUUGCAUGGGCUGGUGUGGAUCUGGGACAUCCUCUCUGUCCCCCAUGGCCAGGAUCAGACUCGACCCUGUGUUACCACCUGUUCUCUGCGCUGACAAGCUUGAUGGGGUGGUGGUGCCUUACGGCUGGGAAUCUUCCUGACCCCUCUGGUGAAUUGGGCCUUCUCCAAAAGCCCAUCCUGUCUGGGAGCUUCACAGCCCAGCAAGGGGAAUCUUCCCAGCGGGGUGGAUUCAGGCCCUUGCUACUAGGAUUCAGGGGAUGGCCCCACAUGGGGAAACUUGCUGGAGUCUUUCAGGUCCUUCCAAACUCCCUGCAGCUCCCCCACUUCAGUAUAUGCAGACAUUGCUGAUGGUAGCUCAGGGCCAGUAUGUUCCUCCCUGCUUUGGGAUCUCUUUCUAACCCUAUAAAAUCUGCAGCAGAGGAAGGGAGGGGAAGGGGGAACAACCUCACUGCUGAUUAGGUGUUUCUAUUGCAGGAUUUUUUUUCUCAAGGCCCUGGCACAGUUAUCAGUAACACAUUUUGUUUAAAGCUAUUUGUAUUAUUUUAUUUUUUUAAAAAUAGCUCUAGCUAUAAUUAGUAACCGGCAGGAGAUGGGUUUCCAUUGGGCUUGAAGCACUUUAGGCAGAACCAGAGACUACACAUGGAUGAGCUUAUUCACGGUGUGUGCACAUGCACGUGCUUCUCGCCAUCUAUUUCACUUAAUAGAAAGGAUCCCUUUAAUUUCAUGGGUUAGAAAAGGAUCGGUGCAAGGAUCGAACGCCUCCCCUUCUCGCAGGGCUUGAAAGCAGUGGAGUUGCAGGAUGGGCAGAGGCAGUCACAGCUGAAAGUCCAAUGCCGCUUUGGAAAACACUGUGCCGGUUGCCUGAAAACGAUGGGGAGCCGUGCGCACUUCAUCUUAAAAACUCCUUCCAGCCCCAUGAGAGGCCUGGGGGGAAGAGCUGAGUGUCUCCAUCGCUCCUUAAAAAGAUGCCGGCCGGGGGCCUGGGCUCUCCCUUGAAGCAACUCCUUUGGUUACUUCUUAAGAAGUCUUUGGGUGGCCGCGGCGUUCGGAUCCCGCGUCCCCCGCGACGCGAGGCAGGAGGUACGUCGCGAUCCCACCGAAGGGCAUUCUGUUUUUUCCUAGUCUGUAUAUUUUUGUAGUGACGUUUCUAUUUAAGAGCCCAAUAAACGCAGUAUUUUUAAAGCUA